AUGGCUUCAACAUCCUCUCGGCAACGUUCAGCGUCGUCUGUUUUACAAGAACAAAUCCGUGUUGUUACUGGCUGUGCAACAAACAUUUUAGCUUCAAUUGGCAUUAUAUUUUUAAACAAAUAUAUCUUUAAAAAUUGUCAUAUAAAAACGAUGACAUUAACUGCCAUUCAAAUGUUAUUCACAUCGAUUGGUUUAUUAAUUUGUUUACAAUUCAAAACAUUCACAAGAAAAAUAAUACCAAUACAAAAAGUGUUACCAUUAUCAGUAACGUUUUGUGCCUUUGUUGUAUUUACGAACAUGUCAUUAGAAUACAAUACAAUCGGAACAUAUCAAUUGUUCAAAGUUCUAACAACGCCAGUAGUUGCUCUCAUUAGUUGGUAUCAUUAUAACACGAAAUAUUCACAGUUAGUUAUUUUAUCAUUAGUACCAGUUGUUAUCGGUGUUUGUACACAUUCUGUUAAUGAUAUACAACUAACAAUAUUUGGUACAAUAAUAGCGAGUUUGGGAGUAGUAUCAGCAUCAAUUUAUCAAGUUUGGGUUGGUGAAAAACAAAAAGAAUUUGAUAUGAGUCCUCAGCAAUUAUUAUUUUAUCAAGCACCAUUAUCAGCCAUAUUGUUAGUACCAUUAAUUUUAAUAUCGGAAAAAAUACCAACAUAUACUACAAAUGAAGAACAACGAGACGCCAUUAUGGCUGUUCUUGCAUCUGGUAUCGUUGCAUUUGUGGUCAAUUUAUCCGUUUAUUGGGUAAUAAGAAAUACAUCAGCAUUAACAUACAAUAUGAUUGGUCAUAUGAAAACAAUUUCAAUAUUAGUUGGUGGUUUUGUUCUAUUUAAAGAUACUCUCAAUAUCAAACAAUUUUUUGGUAUUAUGUUGACAUUGUUUGGCCUAUUUACUUAUACAUUUAUUAGAAUGAGAGAAUUAAAUCAAUUACCGUGUAAAUCAUGGAAUUAUAUCACAUCAACAACAACACUAAGUUCUGUUUGA